AUGGACUGGAUCGGGAGGGAGGAGGUCUUCACGGAACUGGUCAGUCUUUUGUUCGCGCCUUUGGAUGCCGAAAAGCCGACAAGUGAAAUUAUUGAGAUUUCAGAGCUCCAUCUCAAUGGAUCAACAAAGCGGAUUCGAGACGAGGAUUCGCGGUUUGCAACGAACAGUCUUCCACGAGGAAGAUCUCUCUUCCUCCGGCUAUGUGCUCAGCGAACAGACCCAUCUCUCAUCGCCUGAACUCGAGGCUCAUAAAAAGUGAGUUCGAGUUUGAAGCCGUUAUGCUCCCUUUGACUUCGUUUCUCAUGUAUAAGAUCUUCAUAAUUUCAGACCAACCUCAGAGCGUGUGAAUUCAGUCUACAGCAGUGAUUUGAGCGAAUUGGAUUAUCUGCCCGAUCUCAACAUGCAUUAUGCGGAGACAGAAAUUCAUCCUUCGGAAGAUGUGAUCGAAUCCCAGCGAGAAGAAGGCCUCUUUACAUCGCUCAGACAUCAGAGCCAUUACUUCUCCAACAUCGAUCUUUUUCAACAAGAAGAUCUCGAUUUUAAUUAUCUAAAAUACGCAAAAGCGGGGGAAAUUCCUACAACACCAACUUCGUAAGUCUUGAAAGACCGUAAUGUCAUCAUUUUUUACUUACGUAUUUUUUUAAAAAUUGAGGCUAUUUUAGAAGUCCACAUCUACGAAUAAUGAACUUAUGUUUUGAUCUCGAUCCCAGAUCCACUUUUGACAAGGUAAUGUUGCGAUCCGCCGAAUUGAGGAGGGUCCUGUCUCACAUUACACUUGAAUUGUUUGCCGGUGAUAUGUUAUGUUUCCUAUAUACCUCAGGUAAUCUUCAAAUAAUUAUUUUAUUGCUAUCAAUAUUGAUUUAGAAUCCGAAAUGGAGACUUUUAUUCGUGUUUUAUCCCGCUCCGAUCCCCCUCCUGGCCAAACCCAUGGUAUCUUCGAAUUGAAUGGACACAAAUUAAAACCAUCUCAGUUUGGGGAAAGAGUAGCCCACGUAACAGCUAGUGAUGUUAAAACAACGAUGACAUUGAUCGAAUAUCUGAAUUCAUAUUCGACAUUGGUAAAACCGGCUACGAGCAGUUUUAAGAGGCAUGAAAUGGCAAGUAAUCUGUUGAUCGAAAUAUGAAACGAUGUUAAUUUAGAUCAUCCAGUUGAUACAAGGACUGGCUUUAACUCCAUUUAAAGGCCAAUUAGUCCAAAAUCUGGGGAGAAAUGAGAUUAAUCGACUCAAGAUCGCAUCAGCUAUGUUACUUGAUACUGGUGAGAAUGGAGCCAUAUAUAUUUUUUAAUUUUUUUCAGAUAUUCUUGUUUGUGAAAAUAUUCUGAGAGACAUGGAUUUAUAUGACAUGGCUUUUAUUAUCGAUUUUAUUCGAGAUUGGGCUCAAAAAAAGAAGAAAAUCGCCAUAAUCGCCUUAAAUCCACCAACUUUGGAGAUUUUACAAAUGUUUGGAAAAGGUAAUGUUUUAAUAGCAAUCGGAAGAUGUAAAUUCAGUCUCUCUGAUGACCUGCGGGCGCUUUGUUUAUAUGGGAGAGAGCAGUGAAAUGUGUGAUUACUUUGAGAGUAUCGGAUAUACAUCUCCUCCCUUUAAGAAUCCUUGUGAUUAUUACGGUAAGGUCACGUUACAUUUAGUCAUCAUUUUUAGUUGAUUUGGUCACUCAUGACGUUCUAAACAACGAGUCAGCAAAGGAAUCGAUGAUCCGAAUACGAACUUUAACUGAGGUUUGGUCCCAUAAAAUGAAGCCACUAAACUCCCCCAAGAACAAUAUAAUCUCUCCAAAAAUGCAGCAUGCUGAUGCGAUUAACAAAACUUUUAUUUUAUACAAGCAAGUCUUCUGUUUUAUAGUAAUUAUUUUAUGACUAUCGUACAUUAAGGUUAUUUUUAGAUGCCUCUGGCUAAAGGCGUUCAAUAAUCCGAUCUCGGUUUGUUGGGAGACGAUUAUAAAUCUGAUCUUAUCCCUUUUCCUCGGCUGGUUGUUCUUCCAGUUACCUUUGGAUCGGAGGGCUGGGAUCAAUGAUCGGCAGGGAUUUAUUUGCUCUGUCCUGCUUAUCGUUCAAUUUCCUCUAAGUUUAUUGGGGACCCGGUGCCGUAAGUAUAUAUUAUUAUAUGUAGUUUUAUCACUUUAAGGGUGUGAUUUCUGCUUUUAAAAUACUUCUCAUUGCCUUUUCAGUGAUUCGCGACAUGGAUAAUGUCCAGAGAGAUAUGAUGGCGCGUAAAUACAGUAGACAUAACUACUUAGCAGCCAUGAUAUCCUUCGAUCUUCCUUUUGUCAUCGUUUCUUCCAUCGCCUACUCUAUGCCCAUGUAUACUUUGACUUCUCAGAAUCCAGCCACGGAUUCGGAUCUCUCAUCUUUAAUCAGCUUCUCUAUCCUCAUUUUGAUCAAUAUUUUAUUCUUUAGAUAUUUGGCGUGGGUAUCAUUAUUUACCACAAGAAAUAUUAUCUUCGGUCUGCUGGCUAAUUGUAAGUUUGUAAACCAAUUUCUAAGUGUUUUCAGUCUUUUUGUUUAUGAUGGCGGUAACUUUUUCUGGAUUUGUAAUCCAUCCAGAGGACCAAUUUAUGGCGAUUGUUCAGUUUUACAACCCUGUAAGAUUGUUGGGCGCGGAUUUGUUGAGAUUGUCAUUCCUCGGGAAAUCGAAUACAAGUAAAAUGAUAAGCUGGGUUCUUGAUGUCCCUAUGGCCAGAAACAAUUCCCAGUUACUUGUGGAUUGUCAUAAAAAGAAAGUUUUGGCAACAAAGUUAAAACAGGUAUGAAUUUCUUUCCUAACGCCUACUACAAUAUAAUUAUAUGAACUUCCAAUUUGCUUUUUUUCAGAUCCCAAUUUACACCGUCACCCAAUGUCUGAAGACCACUGGAGCCGAGGCGUUUCUCUUCUCCGGAUUCUCCUUAUACUCCAUGGACAUGCGGCAUGUUUUGUUUGUACUUACAGUAUCCUUCAUUGUAUUGUUUGCACUUUUAAUUUUGGUUUUUCAUUACAAAAGUCGAUAAAUUUUAUUCCAUUUUUACGAAUUGAAUUCUCUGAGUCCGGCUGUCCAUUGGUGAUCAAAGUAAUCAAAAUGGGGAAAAAGAAAAAAGAAGUCGAAAUGGAGAAUGUGAUUCCGCUUAAACCGACUGCCAAUAUUACCAGUAAGAAUUUGAAUUUUGUUUUUUAUGAUUUUGGAGUUUUAAAUUGUCAAUGGUUAAUUAGAUUUAAUGAGAGCCGAGAAAACACCAGAGAAGUUUGACAAUGUUGUGAUCCCUCCAAAGAAACCAGAAAACCUCAGGACAUCAGAAAAGCCCAAUCAAAGAAAGCAAAAUCCUCCUUCAAAAAGAUCGAGACCAAGUGCAGUUGUACUAACCGGGAGGAAUGAAGUCGUCGAGUUCCCCGUCAACAUUGUGGGCACCAUUUCUCAGAGCUCGGGUACUGUAUCUUAUGACUCCUUUAAGGAAUUAAAUGGCGUUUUUCUGGAGACUUUGAAGAAACAAAAACCGGUGAGAGACUUGUGUAAUCAUUCUCAGUGUUUUUAUUUAUACUGUUUUAGGUCGAGCAAAAGGAUCCAGGUCCAACUUUUGGAGAAGAAGUCAAGGUCCAGACCAAAGAUGAGAUCCCGAAUGUAGAGAUCAUAGAUGACGUCAAGUUCUGUCGAUCCCUUCGUAAGACUCAUCAAGAUCCUCCCUUUGAACUUAUCCCAUCCAGCCCUGAGAAGCAUAGGGGAAUAAAGGAACACGAAUUGGCCAAGAAAAUCGUGGAAGACGUGAUGAGAGAAUUUAUGGACUCGGGAAGACACGAUCUUGAGAUCGUCAUCGAUUAUAAUCCUACCGAAGCCUAUCCAAUCCUCAAUAUGACAUUUGAAAAGAAGUCUGGAUAA